AUGGCUACUCCUUUGAAACGCAAAGCCGCUGAUGUAGCGACAAGUGCAACCAAGAAGCCAAAAGCCAAUGCCUCCAUUACGUCAUUCUUCUCCUCGCCCUCUGCGCCUGCAAAACCGGCAGGGGCAGCAGCGAUAACCUCACAGUCUUCGCCUCCUUCCUCUUCGCCUACGGCCCCUACUGAUGACAAGACUCCAAGCUCGUCAGCUCCAAACACUAUCACACCCUCUAUCUUCAGUGCGUCGGGGGCAGCUGCUACUGAGCCAGCUGUAGCUGCACCUGCUCCAAAAUUCGAUAAGACGAAAUGGGUGGAGAAGCUCACACAAGAGCAGAAAGAUUUGCUGGCGCUGGAGAUCGAAUCUUUACAUGAGAGCUGGCUUGCUCAAUUGAAGGACGAGAUCCUUAGUAAAGACUUCUUAGCGUUGAAAAGGUUCUUGAAAGCGGAGCAUGAAGCCGGAAAGAAGAUUUUUCCCCCUGCGCCAGAUGUCUACUCCUGGUCGCGUCAUACGCCUCUUAACACCGUCAAAGUCGUGAUCCUUGGCCAAGAUCCAUAUCACAACGACAAUCAAGCUCACGGUCUCUGCUUCUCUGUUCGCCCGCCGACACGAGCCCCACCAUCCUUGGCAAACAUAUAUAAGCUCCUCAAGAAAGAGUACCCUGGUGAUUUCAAACCCCCACCCAACAAUGGCGGGCUCCUGACCCCCUGGGCUGAUCGAGGCGUUUUGCUUCUGAAUACGUGCCUGACCGUGCGUGCGCAUGAAGCAAACAGUCAUGCAAAUCACGGGUGGGAGAAGUUCACACAGAAAGUGAUUGACAUUGUUGCGAAGCAGAGAACCAGAGGGGUUGUCUUUCUUGCUUGGGGCUCUCCAGCUCAGAAAAGGGUCACGAAAGUGGAUAAGGUCAGGCACUGUAUCUUGCACAGUGUACAUCCAAGUCCAUUGAGUGCUGCUAGAGGUUUUUUUGAUUGUGGGCACUUUCAGAAGACGAAUGAUUGGCUCAAGGGGAGGUAUGGCGAUGAGGGUGUCAUUGACUGGGACUUAAAUGUCACCCCCGAAAAAGCUGGAGUGUGA